AUGCAAAUUAUCGUUUCGAUUUCCGAGCUUCUCGUCGUUGUUUUUGUCGUCAUUCCGCAUGUUAACGGAAGUCUUGGAGAUUUAACUUCGAUCGUAAACGGAGACCCUUUGAAACCAAUCAAAGACGAACUCGAUGGACUGGUUUUCAUCGACCAGAGACUUUCUGUUGUCUAUCCGUUGAUCCAAAACUUCAAGAACAUCAUAUCAUCUGACCCCCUCAACAUUACUGGAUCUUGGGUCGGGUCGGAUAUAUGCAAUUAUACAGGGUUUUAUUGUGACAACCCACCCGACAAUAAAACCGCCAUCACCGUUGCUUCCAUCGACUUCAACGGAUUCCAACUCGCAGCCCCGAGUCUCAAUGGCUUCCUCGACCAGUUACCCGAUCUCGCCCUCUUCCAUGCCAAUUCCAACUUCUUCUCCGGUACUAUCUCCCCGAAAAUAGCUAAUCUUCCCUACCUUUACGAAUUCGACAUCAGCAACAACUUAUUUUCAGGGCCGUUUCCAAAUUCGAUACUCGGGAUGAACAGCUUGUCGUUUCUUGAUAUCCGAUUUAAUAGUUUUACGGGUUCCAUCCCACCUCAACUCUUCACAAAAGAUUUAGACAUCUUGUUCGUAAACAACAACAAUUUCAUCCAAAGACUUGCGGACGUCCUCGGAAACUCACACAUUCUUUACCUCACCUUGGCCAACAACAAAUUCUACGGACCAAUUCCUCAUUCCAUAGCUAAAUAUUUGUCGGGUUUAUCGGAGGUUUUGCUGUUAAACAACAUGCUGAGUGGCUGCCUCCCGUAUGAGCUCGGUUUCUUGAAAGAAACGGUGGUUUUCGACGCCGGAAACAACCUUUUAACAGGUCCGAUACCGUUUUCAUUAGGAUGUAUGAAGAAAGCAGAAGUGAUCAACUUCGCCGGAAACUUGUUGCGUGGGGUGGUGCCGGAGGUGGUUUGUGCCAUUAAUGGUCUGACUAACCUGUCGUUAUCUGAUAACUAUUUUAUCCAAGUAGGUCCGAUUUGCCGAGGAUUGAUGAGAAAAGGGGUGGUGGACGUGAGGAAUAACUGCAUUCCGGGGCUGCCGGCGCAGAGACCGGUGGAGGAGUGUGUGGCGUUCUUUGCGAAGCCGAGGUAUUGUUCGUACUUGCAGACAUACCAUUAUCUGCCGUGUUGGUUGCCGGGUUUCAGUGAUUCUCCGAUGGGUCUGUCGGAACCGGCGCCUUCUCCGAUUUGACUCCGAUCAUGACUUGUUGCCAAUUACCUAAUGUAAUUAUAGUUGAUACUAUUUCAAAUUUCAACAAAUAGCGAUGAACACAUUUGGUGAAAUAUAAAAAGAUAGAGAGAAAUCCA